GUUGCUCAUUCUGAACCUUGAAGUUGCCAAGUUGGAAGCCAUUGGUUUGUGGAAACCAUGGCUUCACUUAUGCGUAAUUUGUGGGCAUCUUCUUCAUUUGCUUUAACAGAGUUCAAGCCUCAAUCCAGAGCUCAAAUUAGAUGUUCAACAGCUCAGGAGUCCUCUAUCUUGUCGACUGAUACUGUUAGACUUAAUGGAGUUUCUUCAGCUAAGAAGCAGGAGAUAACUAAUCCGAUGAUGGAUAGGGGGACUGGUCAUUUACCUGCUGGUGCAAGUACUAGAGAGAAGAAGAAGAAGGGAGAGGAAGAAGUUAUGCAAGAAAAGCUGAAACCGUUGUGGGAUGAUGGGUAUGGAACUCGGAGUGUGAAGGAUUACAUGGACUCAGCAAAAGAUGUUAUUAAGCCUGAUGGUGGACCUCCAAGGUGGUUUUCACCUAUAGAAUGUGGUCCUCCAUUGAAGAAUUCACCUGUUCUUCUCUUUCUACCUGGGAUGGAUGGCCUUGGAUUGGGGCUCAUGUUGCAUCACAAUGCUCUAGGAAGGGUUUUUGAGGUAUGGUGCCUUCACAUUCCUGUGAAAGAUCGAACACCAUUUGAAGACAUGGUAAACUUUGUUGAGGAAACUGUGAGGAAUCAGCAUGCUUCGUCUCCAAAUAAGCCAAUAUAUCUUGUGGGAGAUUCAUUUGGAGGAUGCUUAGCACUUGCAGUUGCUGCACGUAAUCCGGUCAUUGAUCUUGUAUUAGUAUUAGCUAAUCCAGCAACGUCAUUUAAUAGGUCACAGCUGCAACCUUUGCUACCUUUCUUGGAGGCUAUACCUAUUGAACUUCAUUUUACAGUCCCUUACCUUUUAAGCUUUGUCAUGGGUGAACCAGUGAAGAUGGCAAUGGCUACUGUUGAUGCUACUCUUCCUCCACGAAUAGCUCUAGAACAUUUGGCUGGCAAUCUUACAGCUUUGUUACCACGACUUUCAGUAUUGGCUGAUAUUAUACCAAAGGACACUCUUCUCUGGAAGCUCAAACUUCUUAGAUCGGCUGCCAGUUAUGCUAAUUCCCGUCUUCAUGCUGUUACAGCUGAAGUACUAGUGCUUGCAAGUGGCCAGGAUAAUAUGCUUCCUAGUGGUGAUGAAGCACAAAGGCUUGAAAGGUCAUUAGGAAACUGCAAAGUAAAAUACUUCAAGGACAAUAGCCAUGCCAUUUUACUGGAAGAUGGGGUCAAUUUGUUGACUAUUAUCAAAGGUGCUUUCAAAUAUCGUCAGUCAAGAAAGCAUGAUGUUGUCAUGGACUUUUUACCUCCUAGUGAUUCAGAGUUCAAGCAAACACUUGAGAGUCAUAAAAUUUACCGGUAUCUUAUUGGCUCGGUAAUGUUUUCCACAUUGGAGGAUGGGAAGAUAGUGAGAGGCUUGUCAGGGGUUCCAAGUGAAGGUCCAGUCAUACUAGUUGGUUAUCACAUGCUGUUAGGUUUGGAACUUGUUUCUCUUGUUGAAGAAUUCCUGAGGCAAAGGAAAAUUCUGGUCCGUGGUAUAGCACAUCCAAUGCUAUUCUCACAGUUGGUGGAGACUGAUGUAAAAGAGUUUACAUUCUUUGAUACGUUUAAAAUUUAUGGUGCAACACCCGUCAGUGCAACCAACCUUUUCAAAUUGUUCAAAACAAAAUCACAUGUUCUUCUUUAUCCUGGUGGUGCUCGUGAGGCUUUGCAUCGUAAGGUGUUGAUUGAGACCUUGUUUUCCCACAGCAACAGGAAAACGUGUACUAUUUGUUUUGAUGACUUUCACUUUGUUGUUCUCAUCCAUAAUGUCAUUUCCAGCAUUAAUACAUGCUCUUGCUUACUUUCUCAGGGUGAAACGUACAAGUUGUUUUGGCCUGAUCAGCCAGAAUUUGUGAGAAUGGCAGCUAAAUUUGGUGCCACAAUUGUACCAUUUGGAGUCAUUGGAGAGGACGACAUGGCAGAAUUAGUCUUUGACUAUAAUGACUUGAUGAAGAUCCCAGUGCUGAAUGACUACAUUAGAAAAAAGAACGAAGACUGGAAUUUUAGAGCAAGAGCUCACGCGACUGGAGAGGUUGCAAACCAAGAAUUACAUUUGCCAGGCUUUUUGCCUAAGGUUCCUGGCCGCUUGUACUAUUUGUUUGGGAAGCCUAUUCAGACAAAAGGAAGGCAAGAGUUGUUGAAAGACAGAGAAAAAGCAAGAGAGCUGUAUCUCCAGAUAAAGUCUGAAGUUGAAAACAGCAUGGCCUACUUGCUUAGAAAAAGGGAGGAAGAUCCUUACAGAACUAUCUUGGACAGAACAGCAUAUCGGGCAUUUUUUGCUCCAAUAGAUCAAGUCCCAACCUUUGAUCCCUGAAUCAUGAUUUGCAAACAUACUUCUCACUGCAAAGUAGAAUAGGACUUAUAGCAGAUUGUCAAGCUAUGAUGUUGACAAUCAUUCUUUCCCCUGCAUAUUCUUUUUCUGCUCUACAGUUAAGGAAUGGUGGGGGUAUAAAGUUGAUGUAAUUGAAUUACAUAUAUAGUAGCUUGUAACCAUGUGUAUAAACACGGGGCACAUAUUUGAAGAUAUAUUAGAAAACUAAUUUGAUUUGGUGGAACACCUAUUUGAAGAGAUA